ACUUCUCUCUGCUUUCAAUUCACUCUCUCCUCUCUCCCUCUCUCACUCUCGAGAUCUCUUUCUCUGUGUGUGCGUGUUAUGAGUGUUGUGGGGAGUGUGGAAUGAUGGUGCAGAUUUGAGCCCCGCAGCUGUCGCUCCUCCCACCCCCCGCUUUCCCCUCCAUUGAACAAAAACACAGAUUCAAAACUCAGUCUCAGAUGUGGAUAAGAACCUCUUAAUCCACUCCACUAUUUCAGCCUUCCUCUUGCCUAAUCUUUCUCUUUCUCUCUCUCUCUCUCUCACACACACACACACACAAACAUAAUACAUUAAACUCAUCUCUCUAAUUCUCCGCCUAAUCCCUUAAUUUUCACUCGCUCUCUCUCUCUCUCUUUCUCUCUCUCUCUCACCCACCCAGCUGAACAUAUAUUCAAAGAAGAAAGACAGAGAAAGUAGCGAGCCCUCCAAUUAAGCUCUUCCCGCUUCUCAUGAUCAUCAUCAUCUUCAUAAAUUGAUCACAUCCCAAUCCUUUCUCCAAUUCUCUCAAAUGGAUUCUCUCCAUUUUUUCCAAUCUCUCAUCACAACGCAAUUUUUUCUUCCACUAUAAAACCCCAACAACCUAUAUAUACAUUUAUAUCGUAUCACGCACUUGGUUAAUUACACACGCACAGACAUACAUAAACAUCGUGUGGGUUCCUCGAUGGAUAAUAAUAAUUACUCCUUGAGAUCAGAGGUAGAAGGUAAGAGGCUCCACGACCACCACCACCCGCGGCGGCAGCGGGUGGUGUGGGUGCAGGGGCCGGUGAUCGUGGGGGCGGGGCCGUCGGGGCUAGCAGUGGCAGCGUGCCUGAAGGAGAAGGAGGUGCCGAGCGUGGUGCUGGAGAGAUCCAAGUGCAUAGCAUCGCUGUGGCAGCUGAAGAGCUACGACCGACUGCGGCUGCACCUGCCGAAGCAGUUCUGCGAGCUGCCGCUGAUGCCGUUUCCGGCGGGGUUUCCGACUUACCCCACGAAGGUGCAGUUCGUGGAGUACUUGGAGGAGUACGCGGAGAGGUUCGGAAUAAGGCCGGAGUUUGAGGAAACAGUGGUGCAUGCGGAGUACGACGGGGGGGUGGGAUGGUGGCGCGUGAGGAGCGUGGGUGCGGAUGAGAGGGAGACUGAGUACUUGUGCCGGUGGCUGGUGGUGGCGACGGGAGAGAAUGCGGAGGCGGUGCUGCCGGAGAUAGAGGGGAGGGAGGGGUUUGGAGGGCGGAUGGUACACACCAGCAUGUACAAGAGCGGGGAGGCAUUCGAAGGGAAGAGGGUAUUGGUGGUGGGGUGUGGGAAUUCUGGAAUGGAGGUGUGUUUGGAUCUGUACAAUCAUGGAGCUAUGCCUUCCAUCGUCGUCAAAGACACUGUGCAUAUUUUACCGCGGGAGAUGCUGGGGAGGUCGACGUUCGGGCUGUCGAUGUGGCUCCUGAAGUGGCUGCCGCUGGGGGUGGUUGACAGGCUGCUGCUGCUGGUCGCGUGGCUGGUGCUCGGCGACACCUCCCGCAUCGGCCUCCACCGCCCCAAGUUGGGUCCCCUCCAGCUCAAAAACAUGUCCGGCAAAACCCCAGUUCUGGACGUUGGGACUCUUUCCCACAUCAAAAGUGGUAAAAUUAAGGUAUUACCAGGCAUUCGACGACUAAUUAGCCGUCAUACUGUGGAGUUUGUUGAUGGAAGAAAGGAGAACUUUGAUGCAGUAAUCUUAGCCACGGGUUACAAAAGCAAUGUGCCCUAUUGGCUAAAGGAAAAAGAAAUGUUUUCAGUGGAAGAUGGGUUUCCUAGAAGGCCUUUUCCAAAUGGGUGGAAAGGGGAGGAUGGGCUAUAUGCAGUAGGGUUCACCAAGCGAGGUUUGCUAGGUGCAUCCAUGGAUGCGACGAGAAUAGCAAAAGACAUCCAACAGUGUUGGGAAUCCGAGCCAAAACACCUAAAGUCACAUUUGGUUCGUGGAAUGGAAUGCACAGAAAAUGGAGUAGAAUCAAAAUUGAAAUAAAAUAUAUGCAAAAAAAAAAAAAAAAGAGUGAUCUGGAGAAGAGCAGUUAUGGUCAUUCUCACAUACCAAGUGGACGCUAACAGCCUUUCUAGUAGGGGAUUUAUGACGAUCAUCGACAUGAAACGCGGUUUUGUUUGGGGGUUAGAUAGAAUUAUUAGUGAGCUGGAAUUGAUUGAAGAAGGAAUCAAAGGUACUUGUGUGAUAUAUACAUAUGGUUGGUGCCAAUGGCGGGGAGUAGUGUUGGUACCAAAGGGAAAGGGGCGUGGCCGGCUCCUCCAAUUGUGGAAAAGCCAGGGGAAAAAGCAAAAAGAGAGAGAGUUGCAUGAUCAGUGAUCCCUAUCUUUUCCAAGUCACACCAAACCAUUGGGAAGGAGGAGAAGGUGAUGAGAGAGAUAGAAGAAAAGAAAAGAGAGGAGAAGAGAAGAGUGGUGCUUGGGGGGACCCCAAUUAGACCUUCUGUACAUCUUGUACAUUACAUUUUUCUCUGACUAGCUAGCUAGGUUUCACUUUUUGUGAGCGAGAGAGAGAGAGAGAGAGAGAGAGAGAGAGAGAGAGAGAAGCGUUUGGUAGUUUUGAUUGAAAAAUUGAUGCACAUGAUUGUGUUGACCUAUAUUUCCAUUGGGGGAGUUUUGGGGUGACGGCAUGAUAAGCCAUAUCAUAUGUUGUUUUCUCUAGUGCAAGUCUUGUUUGGUUGAUCCUCCAUUCUGGGAUUUGGGGUACUGCUAGCUUGUUUCCAUAUUUUUUUUAUAAAGAAAAUGACUCUGCAAUUAUAAUUA